AGAACACUCCUGUUCUACAUAACCGAUGAAAACAAAAUGCAACGAUUUCGCGUAAAGCAGAAUUUGCUCCUUGUUAAUUCAGGAACAAGAAUUUUACUCAGAAAUGUCACAGCCUUUACGUCACAGGAAGCACACACAAAAACAAUUGAUAAACACAAGAAGGUGGAAUCAGAGUUAUACGUUGCUCCCUUCGCCAAGGCCCAAAUCGGAACUUUUUUUCAGGAGAGGCCAUCACUUGGAAAUCAUUAUAAAGAGGAUCAAACUCUUCAGUCAUAUUUGAAGCGUCAUAUUCCCCCGGAUAUUUUCACGUCUAAAGUUGAACCCGACUUACACAACUUUGGACAGAGAGUGACAUCUGAAAUUGUUGACCUUGGACAACAGUGUGAUGUUGAGCUGCCAUAUGUUGAACAUUUUGACCCUUGGGGUCAACGGAUUGACCGACUAGUUACCUGUCCAGCAUGGAAAAAGAUGCACGAUAUCUCUGCAGAAGAGGGGAUCAUUUCUAUUGCAUAUAACAGGGAAAUUGGAGAGUACAGUCGUCUCCACCAGAUGGCGAAAGUGUACCUGUUUGCGUCAUUUUCGGGUUUAUACUCGUGCCCCAUUGCUAUGACAGAUGGGGCUGCUAAAAUAGUAGAGAAUUUGGCCACAGAGUAUCCAUGGUUGAAGGAAAGAGCAUUUGGACAUUUGACCAGUCGCCAGCCGGGUCAGUUCUGGACGUCUGGACAAUGGAUGACAGAGAGGAAAGGUGGAUCAGAUGUAGCUAAUGGUACAGAAACUGUUGCUAUACCUCAAGAGGAUGGGAGCUUCCGUCUCCAUGGUUACAAAUGGUUCUCCUCUGCAACUGAUGCUGACAUCACAUUCACAUUAGCCAGAGUUGUAGGAAAGGAUGGGCAAACUACAAAGGGGACGCGUGGAUUGUCGUUAUUCUACGUAGAGGUUCACAAUGCUGACGGAAGUCUGAACAACAUACAGAUCCAGAAACUGAAGAACAAGUUGGGGACUAAGCAAGUUCCCACGGCUGAGCUACUCCUGGAUGGAACUAUUGCUCAUAAGGUGUCAGAUGAAGGUCGUGGAGUGGCGUCUAUUUCCAAUAUGUUGACGUUGUCAAGGAUACACAAUGCCUUUGCAUCAGCUUCAGCAAUGAGACGAGUCGUCAAUACUGCAAGGGACUACAGCACGCGACGGUCAGCCUUUGGAAGUGUCCUGAAGAAUUACUCCUUACAUGUACAGACCUUGGCAAGACUGGAGGUUGAAGUUAGAGGUGCCACUCUGCUAACUCUUGAAGCAGCCAGAUUGUUAGGGAGGGAGGAUGUUGGAACAGCCACUGAGCAUGAGCAGAUGUUACUUAGGCUGUUGACUCCUUUGGCCAAACUGUACACUGCAAAGCAGGCGAUGUCCGUUGUUUCUGAAGGAUUGGAAAGUUUUGGUGGACAGGGUUACAUAGAGGAUACUGGAUUACCUGGCUUGCUUAGGGAUGCUCAGGUGCUGCCUAUAUGGGAAGGUACAACCAAUGUCUUGUCACUGGACGUACAAAGGGCCCUGAUGAAAACCAAGGGCAGAGCACUCCAGGUCUGGCACGACGAUAUCAUCUGUAGAGUCGAAUCUGCUGGCCAACACACAGAGCUCUCACAAGCAGCAGAAACAGUCGCCAAGAGUGCAUCUUUCAUCAUUGAUUUCGCACAGAGACACUCAGAUGUCUUAGACAAAGCAGCUCGAGACUUCGCCUACAGUCUGUCCCGGACAUUUAUAGGUGCCCUGCUGGUCCAGCAUGCUGUAGAGUCUGGGCUCGACCCAACAGAUAUCUACGCAGCCCAGAGAUGGUGUGAGAAAGAUUUGACUCCUGUAAUUACGAACCAGAGCAGACGACACUUUUCCUCUAAUAGUGCUGACCUCGACUUUCAACUCCUCUUCAAAAAUUACCAUGACCAAGGUCGACUGUAAACCAUGGUCACAUGAGAGAAAGAGAGAGAUAUAUAUACAAGGAUGUAGAUGAUGUCACAUGAGACAAAGACAUAUAUAUAUGUAGAUGAUGGAGGUUGUUAUAUAUACGUAAGGAAGUUAUUCAUUGGAAUUACGAUAGAAAGUCAGACAUUGCUAAAUAAAGAGCAAAACAUAUUUAUGAUUUCAAAAAUCCUCGAAAUAUUUUGCUUAAGGUAUAUAACAUUUGCUGUGCAUUUCUUGAAAUUUCAGUGAAAUCAUGAAAACUUCGAAAAAAUGUGAAGUAAGAAAUUUACUAUUGUAUAAAUUUGAUUGACUAAUAUUAUCAAGCGCAUCGGCAUUUUUGAAAUCCCGAAGGUCUGCUCUAGAUAUGAAUCUUCUCUGCAUACUGUAAACAGGGAUAUUUUUGCGCCAGGUGGGGAGUAAUUUCGUUAUGUUAAGUAAGUAUACCUAUACGCGUGUGGUUAUUUUCCCCGAUCGAUCCACCUUCGUUUGUAGUUCGAGAUUACGCAAAUUGAUUUAAAAAUCAUACGUGUGGUUUUUUUUUUUGCGUUAAAAAAGGAAGAAUUAAGGUAAAUUCCCUCCUCGCCUAAAUUUCCACGUAUUCAGUACUUGAAUAUGUAAUGACACAUUUAAAGGCUUUUAUUGGUUUUGGAUAGAAAUGAAAUGGAUAAAUAGGUUGUUUCCUGUUCUUUGAAGAUUACAAAUUAAGGAGCUCUACCCACAGUGAAGUCCAUGAUUUUGACCAUGAUGAUACUAUGCCACCCCUUUUAUCUAUAUUAAAGAUAUCCCAAGUGUACAUGCUUAUGCAAAAGUUUCCAGACUUGUCGAAAAUUGUAAUCUUUCAACUUUUGUCAUCAUACUCCAAGAGUGUUGAGAACGUCCAGAUCAUCUUGUCACUGAUGGUCAGUGGACUUUCUCUCCAUCCAUUGCUCAGUGAACUUCUGUGAUCUUUAGCUCACCUGUCUGAAGAAAAUGUGUCCAUAUUUAUCCUAGUAUAUAUGUGAGGAUUUCUCUCCAUCCAUUGUUUAGGGAAUUUCUAUGAUUUUUUUUUGUUCCUGGUACCCUGUGGUUUUCAACAAUAGCCCAUAUAUGGUAAUUAACCCUCCCAGACUUAUCCUAGUAUAUUUACUGUUUUGUCUGUAUAAUCGGGAAUGAGGAAUGGAAGACAAGAUGGUAACCAUUCCCAGAUUGUUUUUCCUGGGACAAUAAUUCAUAUCAAAUUAAUGUUUACAAUGUCCGUUAUGCCGCUAUCACCAUAUAUCACCAAUAGCUUAUUAAUUAAAAUGGAUCAACCUCACCUCCCCCAAGACAUUCACUUGUGGAAUAACCCAAAGUAACGUCUCUCCCCCUACAAUUUUUUAGGUCACCUGAGACGAAGUCUCAAGUGACCUAUUCUAAUCGCCUUUUGUCCGUCGUGCGUCCGUAAACUUUUUACAUUUUCGACUUCUUCUCCAA